AAAUUAUCACUGCAUACGACACACGAGUGUGGAGCGAAAGCUACUAAUAAUAAUAAUCAUGAGAGCCUAGCUGCUAACCACAUAUAAAGGAUACCAAUUUAGCAGUGACUCGCUACUGACUGCUUUCAAAUGUCUGUAGCUGUGAAUCCAGGAAGAGAACAUAGAUUAACAACUUCCGAGAAAUGCUGAAACCAUGGAUAACCUAUCAACCUACGUAGGUUGGAAGAAUGGUCGUGACGUCACUGAGCCCCAGCGGUCGAGAUGUUGUAUAAUACUCAAUUUUAGUUGUAGUUAAAUAAUUUCAAUGUGGUGUGCUGGUUAAUGAGUUGUCGUAUCAGUAGUGUGGGAAAGUACAAUCUUUAAAUAUUCAUAAUGUGAAUUAAACUUAUAUGCUGCUGACAGCGCUGUCUUAUUUUCUGUUGGCUAUUACAGUACAUAUUCCAGGGCCAGAUAUGGAGAAGAUGUCCUUGUGGCUGUCAAUGUCAUAUUAAUAAGAUGAAAAAUGCUUCAGUUUUGGAAGAAAUCUGGACAAAAAGGUAAAGGAAGCGGCUCCCCGUCUGCAGCUUCACCUGCUAAAUUGCCCAAGUUUCAGACUGCUGUGCCCUUGUCAAACACUGAUGAAUCUACAGCUUCCAGUGAUGGAUUGAAAUCAGGUCCUGUUGGACCUCUUUCACGCUUCCAAGAAGAGGAUCUUUGUACUGAAGAUAGUUCUGAAUGGAAGAGGACAGUGGCCCACCAUUCUCGACUGUCUAAGACACUUGCCGAGGUUCUGGCCGACAAGGGAGCACUGAGCUACUUCAUCCAGUACCUGGAGGCUCGGGAUGGGUUCUCCCUCAUCAAAUUCUGGCUUGAUGUAGAGAGCUUCAGAGCAGCAGCUGGUGCACAGGACUGUGUCAGUUGCAUAAAUAGAAAGGCACCUGGUCAAGACCCUAAUAGGACAAGUCUUUGUCAGUCUCACUGUCAAAAUGACAAACUGUCACUCAGCACGGACUCUGGAAGUGUGUUUGAAUCUCCACUCCAUUCCAGUGGCAGUGCAAAUGAUAUUAGUUCUGGAACUCGAGAUGAAGUACAAGAAACUCUUAAGAAUGAUUUACCACUCUCUCAGUCACCAGUUAUUAAUUUAACCUGUAGUAAAAGCCCAGGAAGUCUUGUACCAUGUGCAUUACCGAACGGUAGUUUUGAUCGGCAUUGUAGGGAUCGCUAUAGCAAUAUGGUAGUUAACCAUAAGCCUAGUAACAUCAGUAAAAUCAAGACUGAUUCCUGCAAUUCAGAGAGUGCAGUUGCAUCUGAUUGUUGUAAGAAGCUAGUGGCUGUUUCAACAAGUGAAAUAGGUAACACUUUUAGUGGUUGUGCUGUUUGUGGUGAUGAGUUAGUAUCAGAGCAAACAUCAGUUCCUUCUAGCAAGGAUGGAAGAGCAGUGUCUUUGUCAGUGGGAAGCAGUCUGUUGACGCAAGCAACUGUGGAUGAUGCAUUAAGAAUUUUCAACAAAUACAUCUCCCAUGAAGCACCGCACCCUGUUAGGGUUCCUGAUGUUGUUAGAGAUCGAGUUGUGGCAGCCAUUUGCAGUGAUGCAGGCAUGGUGGAUGCUGAAUCUUUUACAGAACUGCAGGGACUUGUACUCCAGACCAUGGAGACAGAGUAUUUUAAUGAUUUCCUGCGAAGUGAUUUCCAUUGCAAGCAUCAGAUUGAUGUACUUACAAGUGGCAAUGUUGUACUCACAGAUAUACUCUACAAUGAAACUGCUCUCUUUUAUUUCAUGGAGUACAUGGAACAAGAAGGAAAUCAAAGCCUGGUACAGUUCUGGUUGGCAGCAGUCAACUUUGAACAGCACCUGAAGGACAAGAAGGGAGACUAUGAUUCAGUGGAGGCUCAGAAUGAUGCCAUAGUCCUCUAUGAUAAAUAUUUCUCUCUUCAAGCAACUUGUCCAUUAGGCUUCAGUGAUAGAAUUCGCUUUUUUGUGGAGCAGAACAUCUGCCGUGAAGAUGGUCCAUUACCAGAUUGCUUCAGUAAACCUGCAGACAUUGUAUUUAAUGUGCUGGAAAAGAAUUUUCUGCGACCAUUCUUGACUUCAGACCUGUACUUCAGAUAUUUAUCAGAGUUGAUAAACACAAUUCAAGCAAUUCCCGCUUUGCUAUCAAGAUCAAGGAAAUCAGGUUCAGAAUGCAGCAGUGAAUGUAACAUCUCGAUCCAUAAUACUCUUUUGGCCAUGGAGGAUACAACACCUCCUCCACGUAAGAUAAUUUGCAACGUGGAUGACCGAGAGAUGAGCAUUGACUCAAGGCAGUUAUAUGACCCAGAUUCACUUUGGAAAAGGAGACAUAGAAUGGGCUUGAACUUUGGUCGAAUAAACGCAAUGGGCCGGUUUGAAACUGACAUUCAACCAGAACCAGACAGGAAAGAAGAAUCUCGAAUUGCCAGGGUGGUUAAAAAGCUGGUCAACAUGGACGAAGAUAAGGCUAAGGAGGAGAUGGCAUGGCAGAUAGCAGAGAUGAUUGUAAAGGACAUCACUAGCCUCACCUUGGGUGGCAAUGAACAAGUGCAAUCUUGAUCCUAAGAUAUUGUUAAUGUAGUCAGAAGAAUUGACAGGGUUUGGGAGUGAUCCCUACAUUUAUUUAUUUUCAUAAAUUUUCCAAUGGGUUUUUGGGUAAAAACUCUGGAAAUUGUACUAGAUCUUGUAGCUGUUCAAGCUGGUGGCUGUUAAAUGAAUGUGAUUGUAAUACAUCUGGCAUACACUUCUCAGUAUGUGAUGGUGUGUGUGUGUGUGUGUGUAAUAUAUAUAUAUAUAUUUAUGUAUGUUAUGAAUAUUUGUAGCAUUAUUUCCACAUUUGCGUGGUUCAUGACUUGCAUGAUUCAAAAUUUUUUUGAAUUGUGCUGUACUAAAGUAUGUCUGACUAACUGCAACUGUAACUGUGCAGUUAAUUCAGGCAAAAAGAGACUUUAAGUUUUGCAUUAAAAGUUGUGACAUUAGUUGCCAAAGCUCUUUUCUGUGAAAGACUAAAAAAGAGAGGGACUGUGUGUAACUUAGAAUUGGCCAAGAAGCUAUUUUGAAGGUUUGUUAAUAAUUUGCUCUUAUCAGCCUUACUGCCGUUAUAUUCAGGGUGGUAGUGGCUGUUGAAAACAUAUUUCAGACAUGGUGGCUGGUGAGGGUUUGUCACUCUUCUGCUUGAACUUGACUGCCCACAUGCUGAGCAGUGAAUUUCUUGCCACAUCAUGUAUAAACCCACUUUUGUUUGAAAUAAGUAAAAUUUUUAAAAUUUAAGUUAUUGACUUGUCUGAGCAAAUUACUCACAUAUUUAGAAACACAGUUCAAGUCAGAGCCUGAAAUACUGUUUUCACAGUUAGAUGUAUUGAUUGAGAUGUGAAAAUCUCAAGAUUAAGUGAACAGUAUGAAUAUCAAAGCCAGGUUAGGGACUCACCAUUUGAUUGGCUUUCAAAUACUGAGAUUGAUUUUUGAAAUAAUAAUAUAUCUGAAGUGUCCCAUAAAUCUGAGGAUUCUGUUCUUGCUACAAGGAAGUUAUGACAAAACAGUGUUUUGAAUCAAAAGCUGAAUAUGGGCCCACAUUCAAAGCAAUCUAAUCUUAAGAGAAGAACGCCACAAACUUUGACAAUACAACUUAACCAGUUAAGUGACAUUAUCUGUCAUUAUCUCUCCCACUGUGGGUUAUUUAUUUCUGUGUGCAUUUAGAUGUGUAGCGGUACUAUCUAAUUUUAACAUUUGAGUUUCUGCUCAUAUUUGAAAUUUAGUAUCUGGGCCAUUUUUAAUGGUAAAAUUAUGAAACAGUCACUGAUUGAAAGACAAAUUGUCACCCUUGUUUCCAUAUAUGUAGCCCUUACAUAAUAUUUAAUUAUUAUUUUUUAGAAAGAUUAAGUACUUUUGGCAUUACACCACUGACAUGGAUUCUAGUUGAAAUAAGACAUCACUGAUGCAUUUCUGACUUACACAUUAUGUUAUGCGAUCCUUUCGACAGUAUAAUGUUUAGAUUUGAAAUGCUAUUCAUACACCCAUGACUACUAAGUGGGUGAAAUUUCAAUUGAAUGCUGCUGAAAAACAGCAGAUGUUUAGAUUUGGAACACUAUACACUCUUGAUAUCUUGGCGCAAUGGAAGUUCAAUGGACACAAAGCAUAGCAUGCUCAGAUCAAAGUGUCACAAUGUGGAUUGUGGUUGUUGACUUAUUCAUAACACCAAUCAACUAAUUGAUCCUUGAAAUAUUGUAACACCCACAUGGGGCUGUGGCAUCAAUGUAUGCUAGUUGGGUCUGUAAGUCUGUAUUGGAACUCGAACCUAGUAAUUUUUCUUUUGUUUCAUUCUUUAUAUUUUUGUUCAAGAAAUUCAAAUUCAUGAAACAGGUAUCAGUCAAAUUA